AUUUUUUUUUUAUAAAUUUUGUAUAAAAAUACUUAAAAUUUUGUAAUUUGUAUUUAUUAUUAAGUUUCAAUUAGAUUAAAAAAACAAAAACAAAGCAGUAAUAAUGGAUCUUCUACCAAAAUCCCAUCAUGAAUUCAAUCAAACAGAAUAUUGGAAUACAUUCUUUAAAAAACGUGGAACCAAAGCAUUUGAAUGGUAUGGAGAAUAUUUAAAUCUUGUUGUACAAAUUCAUAAAUAUGUAAAAUAUCAAGAUAAAAUUUUGAUGGUUGGAUGUGGUAAUUCCCGACUUAGUAUGGAUAUGUAUGAUUCUGGAUUCAAAGACAUUACCAACAUUGAUAUCUCCCCUGUGGCCAUUAAAAAAAUGAUAGAAAUGAAUGGCAAAGAUCGAAGUGACAUGAAAUUCAUUCAAAUGGACGCCACUUCCAUGUCAUUUGCAGAUGAAACCUUUUCUGUGGUCUUUGAUAAAGGUACUCUUGAUGCUUUGAUGACUGACAAUUCGGAAGAAGUCCGUAAAACAGUUGAAACAUAUUUCAAAGAGAUUUUAAGAACUUUAAGGAAUGGAGGUCGUUACAUUUGUAUAUCCCUGCUCCAAGAGCAUAUUCUUGAUUUUCUACUCGAAUUCUUUCCCAAGAAUUCUUGUAUGUUUCGAGUUGUUCGAUGUUUUGAAACCGAACAGUGUUCUGGAGAAGGUGAUUCGGAUUCUUUAUCGAUGCCGGUCUUUGCUGUGGUUGCUACAAAGUUCAAGGCUUUGCCACAAACUAUUCUAGAAGUAUGCAUGGGUGGGGAAAAAAUGAUUCGUGUUACGUCGACUGACGAAGUCGUUGCAGCUGUGACAUCCACACAGAAUGCAGCUAUGAUUUGUAAUGGCUUGGCAAGGAGUAAUAUUGUUGGUCUCAAUGAAGUAACAAUGGAUCUCUACAAACCUGGUGAAUCAAAUCCCCGCUACACUCUUUACAUCAGUGACCAACCACCAGCAAGAAACAAUGGGAAAUAUGCAGCAUUUAUAGUUCCACAAGGACGUGAAAUCGAAUGGCUCUUCUCGACGCCGCAAGGUCGCAAAAAACUUCUCGAAAGUGCCAAAUACAAUCGUUUGGCUAUAGUCACAAUGCAUCGAGAUCAAGAGUAUGAUUCUUGGGAAUCAGUUGAAUCUGAAUUAAGUGAAAGUGUUAGGAAUUUAGCUCCAAAAGGCCUAACGGAUUUGAUUCCAUAUCUUUCUUUAGGCAAAGAUGUAGGUAAACGUGAGACUCUAGUUUGUGGAUUUUCUACAAUAUCGGGAGAUUUUCGUAUUGAAGAAGUCGAAGGACAAAAUGGCAAGGUUUUCCGAAGACUGAUAUUCUUGUCGAAUCAGAAUGUUGUGCAAUCUGAGGCAUUGCUUAAAACAAUUAAGACAAAGAAUAAAUCUCGAACAAAAAUUGAUGUUGGUUAUUUAGCUUGUCAGCAUCAUUUGUUUAUGACAGUUGGUGUUCAAAUGGCCACAAUGGGUUCGAGUUCCAGUUCGGGAGAUGAUAGUUCCAAAAAUGUACUUGUAGUUGGUUUGGGAGGUGGUGGUUUGUGUACAUUUAUUAGAGCUGCUUUGACAAAUGUUUCUGUAACGGCAGUUGAAAUUGAUCCUAUUAUGUUGGAAGUUGCUGAACAAUAUUUUGAACUGAAACAAGAUAAACGUCUACAUGUGGUUAUUGAUGAUGGUGUAGCGUUUGUUAAUAGAUGCAAGGAAAAAGCUAUCCAAUUUGAUGCCGUCCUAUUUGAUGUUGACAGUAAAGACAUUUCUCUCGGCAUGAGUUGUCCGCCUCCGAACUUUUUGGAACCAGAAAUCUUAGAAAGCCUGAAAUAUGUUAUUGGACCGAAAGGCAUGUUUAUUCUCAAUCUUGUGUGUCGUGAUGAACAACUCCGCGAACAAGCUGUCUCUAAUUUAAAUAAAGUUUUCACCUCAUGCUGUUGCUAUAAAUUAGAUGAGGAUGUAAAUGAAGUUAUUUACUGUACAAACGAUGAAAAAUAUAAAAAUCUUGCCGAUUGGAAGAAAAUUCUCGGAACCUCGAGUAGAAGUCUCAAUUCAAUAGCCAAAGAGUCUAAAUUCUCUGACACUGAUAUGGUUGAUGUAACUGAUUUUCUAAAUGAUUUGAAAAUCUAAAUCCAAACCGUUAAGAGUACCUACCAGAACAUACUGACCAUAAAUUAAAGGAGAAAAAAAAACAAUUGUUAUACAAUCUUUAAAGUCUAAAACAAAGUUUUUGUAAAUUUUAUUUUCCACAAAAAAAUAAAACAAAACAAAAAAUUAA